UUGAUUGUGGUAGGACCUCUUUUGCUGAGAAUUAAGCAAAAUGGAACAUAAUGGGUCUGCUUCAAAUGCUGAUAAAAUCCACCAGAAUCGCUUGUCAAGUGUCUCAGAGGAUGAAGACCAAGAUGCCGCGCUUACCAUUGUGACUGUGUUGGACAAGGUAGCCUCCAUCGUGGACAGUGUGCAGGCAAGCCAGAAGAGAAUAGAGGAGAGACACAGGGACAUGGAAAAUGCCAUAAAAUCUGUCCAGAUCGACCUGCUGAAGUUUUCACAGUCACAUAGCAAUACAGGCUAUAUCAUUAACAAGUUGUUUGAGAAAACCCGCAAAGUUAGUGCUCAUAUUAAAGAUGUGAAGGCCCGGGUGGAGAAGCAACAGGUUCAUGUUACAAAAGUUGAAGCCAAGCAAGAGGAAAUAAUGAAGAAAAACAAAUUCCGCGUGGUAAUAUUCCAGGAGAAGACACGGUGUCCAACAUCCUUGUCGAUCGUUAAAGACACAAACCUGUCUGAGAAUCAGGAGGUGGAGGACGACGUCUUUGAUCCCCCAAUAGAGCUCUCUUCCGAUGAAGAAUAUUAUGUUGAAGAAAGCAGAUCUGCCAGGCUUAGGAAGUCAGGCAAGGAGCGCAUUGAUAAUAUCAAAAAGGCAUUUUCCAAAGAAAACAUGCAGAAGACACGGCAGAAUUUUGACAAGAAAGUGAAUAGAAUUAGAACUAGAAUAGUGACACCGGAGAGGAGAGAGAGGCUGAGGCAGUCCGGGGAGAGGCUGAGGCAGUCCGGGGAGAGGCUGAGGCAGUCCGGGGAGAGAUUUAAAAAAUCUAUUUCUAAUGCAGCUCCCUCAAAGGAAGCUUUUAAGAUGCCUAGCCUUAGGAAAGCUAAGGAGCCAGCCACGGCUGAAAGUCAUGAAGACGGCAGGGAACUGGGCGUGGACAUCCUCGCGAGGAGCGGGGCUCUCAGCCCCAUCCGGGAGCUGUACAGUGAUGAGCUCAGCGAAGCAGAGCAGGAGGCGGCCAGGGCGGGGUCCCCUCCCCGUGAAGGAGGGGAGACCCCAACCCCCGAGCCUUUAAAGGUUACGUUUAAACCUCAGGUCAGAGUAGAGGAUGACGAAUCUCUCUUGUUGGAUUUAAAGCAGUCAUCUUAAAGAGGAAUUACAGCUACGGCAAAUAUAAAUCUCCUUAGUCCAGUGUGAACAGGAUAGUCCUUUACAUUUAAAUGCCAUUUAGGGAAGCAUAUCUCUUCUUACAUUUAAAAUCUUCAAGAUAAUCUAAAUACUAGGUACAUUUCCUAGGGAAGUCAUUCUUUCCCCAUGAGCAUAGAUGAUUCUAGCAGCUUUUCCCCUUGUGUCAACCUUUCUCAUGGCAGCUGGGGAUUUUUAAGUUCCUUUUCUUGCCCACCAAACACCACUUGCCUAGCUCAGGCGAAUUAGGUGUUUGGUCAUCUGAAACAAAUGAGGGACGUAUUUGUGGCUGUUGUUUGCAAGUGCACUCUCAAUUUUGGUCUAGAUUAGCUUCAAAAGGAAAUGACUGAUGGGUGGACUUUCUCCAGAAGUUCACACCAACAAAUCCAUUAAUAAAUUAGCCGUCCCAGCCCCCUUUUUGAUGCUUUUGCAUUAAAAAAAAGUUGAAAGUUCUGGACCGGAGCAUUUGGCUGCAGCAUCAUAGUUUUACUUCUUGCAAAAGCAAUUGGCAAGUCAUCUGCCUGUUCUCAUUGAUAAGAAUGGAGAGGGUUAGCCCGCCUUGCCCUCUCCGAAGACUGCUCUGAAGAUCAAAGAAAACAUUAUGCAUUCUGGAGAACAAGAAAACAAACCUCAAAAAGAGAAUUAAAAUAAUUGCACUUGCUGAAAAAGCUCUGAGCACCAAGCAAUGAGGUCCUGGGUUGGACAGAAACUAAAGUAGGUCUUCAGAAGCCUUUUCACAGACUCGGGUGAAAAAUAAACAUUUGGGUGACUUUUCAUCAGAGUAGAACCAAACCUAGAGUUUUUGUUGGGUCUUAAAAUGCUCCCUGGAAAAAUCCUCCUCUAGUGUUCUUUGAGGUUUAUGGUGGAUUACUGCAAUAUUGACUUGACCAGCAUGAGGCGUAGAACUGACCAAAUGGCUUCUCUGAAGUCAGCCCCGAUGCAGCGGGUUUGGAAAUGACCUCAAAUGUUUGUGUUCCAGAGUGAACCCUUCAGGACUCAAUUGUACAAAACAGUGUAGGAGUUCACAUCGUCCUUGCUACUUUUGCAGGAAGUCAGGUUUCACCGAUCUGUUAGCUGUCAGUCAGUCAAAUCAGAAAAGAGACGGGGUUGCUGAAGCAAGCAAUGGUCACGCUGGCUCUGUAUGUGUAGCACAUGUAAAUCUUACAGUUUUGUAACAGGGAAGAAAUGAGGACAUGGUUGAAUUGGAAGAGUAUGCACAAUGAUCAGCCAUCUCAUUUCACCCCCCCCCCCACUUUCAGAUAAGUUUUGGAUAGUCAUGUCACACUUGAAAAUAAUGACUAUAAACAUAUACACUCAGACACACACAACCCACCUUAAAAUAUUUGACUCAGUAACCCAGAGAGUAUGGCCUGGGAGUUUGAUUGAACAGCAUUUCCUCUUUACUCUGCAUGAAUACAUGAUAAAGUCAUAAGUUGUUCAUAUCAUUAUCUUUUUAUAUUGAAAAUAAAGGUUA